GAGUAGCACAACUUAAAACCAUGACAUUGGUUGACUAGAAGCAUAUAAAGAUAUAAAUUACUAUACUAAUUCAGAAGAAAUACACUUACAUGAUGGAAAACAAAUUAGAUGGAUCAGUAGAAGGUCAUUUUGAGCCAUCUUAUGAGUGGCAACAUCAAGAAGGAGUUGAUCUUCUCUUGGUCCAUCUCCCAGAAUUCAAGGAUAAAGAAGGAUUGAAGGUACAAGUUAGCAAUUGUGGAGUUGUAAAGAUUUCAGGAGAUGGUCAAGCAAAUCAAACUAGAUUAAAUUUUCUUAAAGAGAUUCAAUUACGAAAGGAUCAUAACGUAGAUGCGAUAAAGGCCAAAUUUGAGAAGGGUGUUCUCAAAAUUACACUGCCAAAGAAGAGUACUAAUGAAAGCUUAAAUGAAGUAUCAAAUGAAUCAAGAUUCAAGAAAUUCAAAAAGGUGGCCUUGGGUGUUGCAGCUAUCGUGGUUGUAGUUUCUGCUUUCUCCGGAUUCGCUUACUACAUUUAUAGGUCUACAAUUGUUAAAGACUAAUAUAAUUAAAAUUACUUCUAUUUAUAUAACAUUAUUAUAAUUAAGAGUAUGCAUGAUACAAUGGAAAUAAAGAGGUCCAUAACAUAU